GCUGCCCAGGCAGGGUUGCGGUCUUCCCGAAGCCGGAGACCCUCCCUUGAAUCAGGCACUGGGAUUUCUAGUCUUUACAGUGCACCUGUUGCAGGUGACAGGUAACUUCGUAGCUCUCCUUGUCUGAGCACGUUGAAGAAAGAAGAAUAGAAGAAAAAGUAGAAUACAUCAUGUCAGAAAUACUAGACCUCUCUUUUCUGUCUGAAGUGGAAAGGGAUUUGAUCCUCAAUGUUCUACAACGAGAUGAGGAGCUCAGGAAAGCAGAUGAGAAAAGGAUUAGACGACUGAAGAACGAGCUACUGGAGAUAAAAAGGAAAGGGGCCAAGAGGGGCAGCCAGCACUACAGUGAUCGGACCUGUGCUAGGUGCCAGGAGAGUCUGGGCCGUUUGACUCCCAAGACCAACACUUGUUGGGGUUGUAAUCACCUAGUGUGUCGAGAGUGCCGCAUUCAGGAAAGCAAUGGUUCCUGGAGGUGCAAGGUGUGCGCCAAGGAAAUAGAGCUGAAGAAAGCAACUGGAGAUUGGUUUUAUGACCAGAAAGUGAAUCGCUUUGCUUACCGCACAGGCAGUGAGAUAAUUAGGAUGUCCCUGCGACGCAAACCUACAGUGAAUAAAAGAGAGACAGUGGGACAGUCCCUCCUUCAUCAAACACAGAUGGGUGAUAUCUGGCCAGGAAGAAAGAUCAUUCAGGAGCAACAGAAAGAGCCCAGUGUGCCAUUUGAAGUCCCAAAGCUGAAAGGAGGGAAGAGUGCACUGGAGGCUGAGAGCGAGAGUCUAGAUAGUUACACAGCUGACUCGGAUAGCACCUCCAGGAGAGACUCUCUGGAUAAAUCUGGCCUCUUCCCAGAAUGGAAGAAGAUGUCUGCUCCUAAAUCUCAGGUAGAAAAGGAAGUUCAGCCAGGCAGUCAAAAUGCAGUACCGAUUGAUGAGGCUGAAAUGAUAUUCAAGAAAAACACCAGAAAAACCCUCAGGCCUUCAGAAUAUACGAAAUCUGUGAUAGAUCUUCGUCCAGAAGAUGUGGGGCAUGAAAGUGGCUCCUUGGGAGAUAGAAGCAAAUCUGUCCCAGGCCUCAGUGUGGAUAUGGAAGAGGAGGAGGAGGAAGAAGAGGAGGAGGAAGACAUUGACCACCUGGUGAAGUUGCAUCGCCAAAAACUUGCCAGAAGCAGCAUGCAAAGUGGCUCUUCCAUGAGUACCAUUGGCAGCAUGAUGAGCAUCUAUAGUGAAGCUGGUGAUUUUGGGAACAUCUCUGUGACUGGCAAGAUUACCUUUUCCCUCAAGUUUGAGCAGCAAACACAGACUCUGGUCAUCCAUGUGAAGGAAUGCCAGCAGCUGGCCUAUGCUGAUGAAGCUAAGAAGCGCUCUAACCCCUACGUGAAGACUUAUCUUCUGCCUGAUAAGUCACGCCAAGGAAAAAGAAAAACCAGCAUCAAACGGGACACAAUCAAUCCACUAUAUGAUGAGAUCCUCAAAUAUGAGAUCCCAGAAUCUCUCCUGGCCCAGAGGACCUUGCAGUUUUCAGUUUGGCAUCAUGGUCGUUUUGGCAGAAACACUUUCCUUGGAGAGGCAGAAGUCCAGAUGGAUUCC